AUGCGGGGGCGGCCGCUCGCGCCGAUCCUCGGCGCCAGCGUCCUGCGGCGCAUCGUGCCGACGACGGCACCACGCAGGCCAGACCGCGCGGUGGUGUACACGGUGCUCGCGCUCGCGUACCUUGUCCAGCCCGCGCUGCCGGGGCCCAGCAGGGUCGACCGCGUCCAAGCGCUCCGCGCGCUGAUCCACAGCGCGAUGAACGCCAACGAGGUGGCGCGCGCAGAAGAGGCCAUGCGCGCACUGGCCCAGCUUCCAUUGCAGGGGAUACCCGUCGACCACGCCGGACUCGUCGACGCGCUGCAGUACGGCAUCCGCCGCCUCGCCGUGGCGACCAAGCUGCGGCAGUCGUGCGACGCGCACCCUGCGCUCGCGCUCGCGAGCGUAUACGAUUCGUGCAUAGAGGCAGGCAUUGUGCUUCCUCCCGAGGCGCUGUCGAGCGUCAUUGCAAGCAUGGCACGCUCGCUGCCGCCCGAUGCGCUCCUCGCCGUGCUCGACGCGCUGCAGCUCGACUUUCUUGCGCGCGGCGCGCGCGGCGAGUACAGCGUAGUAUGUGCGUUCAUCGCCGCUUAUGGGCGUGCGUCGCGGCCGGACCGCGGCGAGGCGCUUUUGCUGACGUAUGCCGGCAAAGGACAGGGGUGCCGCGCGCUUGCAUUGCCGCACAAGCGCACGUCGGCGCGUGCCGCCGCAUUUCUCGAGCGCACACGCAUGCGCAAUGCGCCGUCCGACGUUGCGCUUGGCGACUGGGCGGCGCACACUGCGCUGUGGAACGCCUUGAUCCGCGCACGGACCUGCGCCGGGGACCUUGCCGCGGCGAGCGUGUGGCUCGAGCGGUACCGCUUUGUGGCGCAUGCGCCGCGCCAUGUGCUGGGCGGCGUCGUUUCCCCCCAGCGGACCGCGUCGUCGUACCUGACGCUGAUGCAUGCCAUGUCAAGCGCACCGGGCAUCCGUGCGCUCUUUCAGCAGAGCUCGAGCCAGGCGCAGGCCGCGCUGCGCCGCCAAAGCAAGGCGUACGAGUCGCCUUACCGCUCUGCUGCGAUCCACAGUGUGCUGCGCCUCAUGCACCAAGACGGCAUCGUUCCCGGCGUGGCGAUGCUCAACUUUUUGACCUCGUUCGAGGCCGGGCGGGGGCGUGUCGACCAUGCGGCCGCUUUCGCGCUGCAAGCGUUUGCGAUGCCGAGCGGCGACGCGUACCGUGUGCACCGCACGACCUAUGCGCCGCUCUUUACGCUGUAUGCGGCCGCCGCGCAGCGUGCCGAGUCCCCCCACGGUAUAUACGAUGCGAGUCCUCUGCCGAGGUCCGACGCAAGCCUUGCGCCGCUACUCGACACGCUGUCCACGCCCCGCGGCGUGUGGAAGUCAUGCAUGGCGUCGCUCGCGUCGCAGACGCGCGCCGCGCAGCGGUCCUUUCUCGCGGCGCACGGCGUGCCGAUGCUGAACAAUGCGCUGCACGCGAUGCUCAGCGCGCGCGACUAUCCUGCGGCGCUCAGUGUGCUGCGUGCGUACACGACGCUCGGCGUCGAUGCGGACAUGUACACGUACGCGUGUGUGUGGAAUCACCUCCCACCCACGCAUGGCGCGACGCCGUGGGAUGCCGUGUGCCGCGCCGCGAGCGAUGCGGUGCUGGCACAAGUCGAUGCGCUCCGUGCGAGGAAAAGUGUGGCGCCAGCGUGGGCGGCGCAGUUGUGCUCCUCCGCUGCGUGCGGUGCGGACCUCGUUGCGCUUGCAGAGCGCGCGUGUCGAUAG